CCGAAGUCUCUACGCAUAGCUCCAUCUUCAGCCAGCGGCAACAUUUGUUUACAAAAUGUCAGCUGCAGGUUAUUAACUGUUCGUUUAGCUAGAGUUAUCACAUAUCAUGACGUGCAAGACUCUUGAUUUUACACCCUGGUACGAGUUACAAGCUGACUCGGAAUCUGAUGAUGAACAUGAAAGUGGAUAUGGAAUUACUGUGAAGGAUCUUAGCCUCAGCCAUUAUUAUUCAGCAAGUGGUAGAGACUGUGGCCCCACAUUUUCUGAACAGUUAGAUGGAGAAACCAAGUGGUACACACUCCAAAGAGAACCUAUCAGUGCUUCCUUCAAGGGUGGUGGUAGAAGAGGCCUAAGAGAAAUACAGCAUUUGUUAGAGGAGAUGGAUGAUGCCGCCAAGAAGAUCAAUGAAUGCAAUGCAGAGAAAAGCACUUUCAGUGCACAGAAAGGGCUGGCAUUAUCAGAGUCUGAAACUUCAGAUGAAGGCAUGAGUCUGCAAGAGUUUCCUAUAGAUGUGUCUUCAAAACCGAGUGAAGUAGAUGGAAGUGGCUGUGGUGAAGUAGUUUCUUCAGCCAUAGCAGAAAUCUCAAAAGAGUUCACUACUGGUAAUCUUUCUACGGGCCCACUUGUGUCUGGAGAUAGCGAUGAAUCUCGUCUUUCUUCAGACAAUGAAGUGCGACGCCGGCUUGGAGCAGCUCAUGCUCACUACCCAGAAACUGCAACAGGCUUUUCUGACAGUGACUGGAAUCCUUAUGUUACAGAGUCAGAUACAAAUGUAUCUCCCCGUGGUGCAGCUGAGUUUCCAUCUGCAGCACUAUUAAGUGGUGUAACAGAUUCCAAAAUCAAUUCAUCAGUUUCGUCAUUCAACCCUCCAUUCAGCAGCACAAAGGCAGGGUCUUCAGUGAACAAGACAAAUGGGGGGAGCAUUGCUUGCUCUAAAAACAGCUAUGCAAACACUUUGCAUCUUGAUGAUAUCAGAGAGCAGGGCGAAAAAAGUUUUCGCAGUUUGAAAUUUGAUGGCACUGUUAGUUUUCAGCCAUUGAGCAGAUCAAAGCUAUCAGAGUACAGCAUUAGCAAGCAUACUGAAGAUCCAGUGAGUACAAGCACUUUUCUGGAAGAUUAUGCUCCUGGCUUUCAGACAUGCAUAGAAACAGCAUCAUUGCCUACUGUUUCAGGUGAUGCCAGAAAGAAAAUGCAGACAAGCCUAGUUCAAGUAGACGAUUCCACAAGGAAACAAGGACAAGAAUGGAUCAAGCCUAAGUUAGAAAGUGCUCAAAAUGCACCCAGCAGUGACUUUGAGAAGGGAAGUGUAGAGGAAAAACUUCAGAGUUUGCAGCAUUUUGAGGAUUUGCCACAGAGCUCUUUCACUGGUCAUCUAGACAGUAGAAGAAGCCUUCCUGGUAAAGGCUAUUUCUCAUCUCAGGUUCAGAAAGCAUUAUUAGGUCCACAGAAAGAAAAGCAGCUGAAAGCUUUUUCAGAACUGUGCUCUUCCAUUGAUCAGGCACGUUGGGAUGCAUUACAGCACAACAUGUCUGUUCCUGCUGGUGGCUUGCAAAAGAAAACUUUUCAAACUGAAAUGACACCUGGACUCCAGACAUCCACUAACAAAUCCAACACCACAAUUACUGGCACCCAGGCUGGAGAGUCUGAUGUCAGACUGAGCACAAGUUCCACAACAUCUUUGGCAGUGCCAAAGGAAACAGAAAAACCCCUUAAGGAACAAGAGCUGUCAGAUCUGCCAGCAAGUAGAAGCAAGCCAGAUGAAUUGAACCAGCAAGUUCAGAAGCUGCUGCUGGAGACAGCAUACCUAACUGGAAGUUCACGCACAAAGGUAGGAAGUUCUAAACAGCAGUCAACCAGUCUUGACUAUAAACAACUGCACCUCGACUUGCAGGAGAUCCAGGACAGUCUGAAAAUGAUGGGCCAGCACUCUGCUGUCAGCCCUAGGGAUAACACCAUCAAAACCGUUGGUGAAAAUGAGUUUGAGAUAGUACCCAGCACAACAACAACUCCAGAGCGGGGUAGGCAGUUGGCGUGGGACUAUGGUGCUGAUCUGGGCUAUGGUCAGGUGCAGAUGGAAGACAUGAUGAGUGAUAUCACGUCAGCAUGUUCCCCUACAGACACUGGCUACUCCGGUGGGGACAGAGUGCAAUACACUUCCGAUGGAGAGGAGACAAGAACAUCAGGUAGCAGCUUGAAAGAUCAUGCAGAGGAGGAAGAGCAGCAGGAAGACACCAAGGUUUCUUCUGCACAAACACAUCAGACUAGCACAACAAACAACGAGAUCUUAGAUGACCUCAUCUCAGAUUUCAGACAGGAGAGUCAGGCAGUAGAGAACAGAUAUCAAGCCCUCUGCUCGCUGGGAGUGACCAAGACUGCUGCAAGAGAAGUAGACCUAGUUCGUAAACGCCUUGACCUUUCAUCUUUAAGUGACUCCUUCAUUACUGGUGUAACUCAGAACACGGGAAAUGGUUUGAAGCCAGAUCUUGAGAAGUUUUCGGCCGUAAAUUGUGCACAAAUUCUAAUUUCAAACCAGAUGAAAAAGAUGGCUGACCGCACAUUUAAUCACAGUAUUGAGCUACAUACACCAGUGAGACAGGUGUUGGAGUGCUACCCAGUUUACACUUCACAGCACGAUCAGCCUCAGCAUCAAGAGUUGCAGCUACAUCUCCAGCAGCAGCAGGCGUCUGCCUCCCUUCCUCCAUCUUCACCACCACCACCACCACCACCACCGCAGUUGUCACUCCCAGCAACUCAGCAAAGGGCUGGAAAAGUGGGUGAAGCUGAGGAGAUAGAGAGAACUGAAAUAGUACAACAAAGAUUUAAAGCAGUUGAAGUGAAAGGUCAAGAUGGCAAGGAAGAAACUAGAGACCAGCAAGAGGAUAGCCAGAGUACUGUCACCUCACCAGCUGACUCAGACAGGAGCUGUGAACUAAGGAAAGGAAAAUAUCGACCUUACAGGCCAACAGGCAUACAUGACAUAUAUUACACAGAGAGUGACACAGCAUCAGUAGCUGACAGUGUUACUACAGCAGAGAGUACUCACACAGGUUCAGAUGAUGCACUUGGCCCACAUUUCCCAAGCAGUGUGUUGGGGAGCAGGAGAGAUAUAAGUGGGUCAGAAGCUGCAGGAAUUUAUAGCAAGCAUGGCAAAGUGAGCACUGCCAUGGGCUCUAGUGUUCAUGGGUCUUACCUUCCCACUAUACAAGAGAGAGCAACCCCUGAUAGAUUGGCAAAAGAGGCAUCUGAUAUUGCUCAAAGCAAACUAAAAAAGGGCACACCUGAUGACAACACAGCAGUUGAUGACAGUGCAAGCACAGCUGUUGACAAGAAAUCAACAGACAUUACAGGCAUGAUAGCAAAACAGCAGGGUCAAGUAGAAGAUAUUUUGAGACAGAAAGAUGCUGCCAGGCGUAUUCCAGGACAGCAGUCAGUGCCUCCUACACCAAAUGAUAAACUGGCAGAACAUACUAACAAGAAGGAAGUGUAUGUAGAUCCUAGGGCUGUGAAGUCCAACACUGUCAAUAGACCAGAAGCACCGCAUGCUGUGACUAGCACGUCUAUUUCUUACAGCUCUCAGCAGAAAUUUGGUGACGAAAAUUCUGAUGGUCGCCCAGAAGUGCACAGAGAGCUUCUGGGGUCUAGUGGCAGUUCACACAGGUCCAACGUCCCAGUGCAUGGACCUGCCCAUGAUGAUCAUGUAGACGAUAGGAGCUAUUCAAAUGUCAGAAAGGCAGUUCUCCAUGAUAACUUUAGAAGAGUCUUCGACAGGGAGCAGAGUGAGGAUGGUGCUUACAUGAGAUUAACAGAUUCAGGUGAAGCUCGAAUUCCGAGACUCUUUGAUGCUAAUGCAAAGACAGAUAUUACUCAUCAGAGAAAGCAGUUAUCCACAGACAACAUCAGCAGCUCAUCUCAGAGUCUUACCGACCUAAAGGGCCAAAAACACCUAGAUGAGAUGCAUUAUAUGCCAGAAAACAAAAUGUUUGAAGACCAUUCUUCUAGCUGUUCCUCUAGGGAGAUUUUGCAGCAAAGACAAAAAGCAACAAAGGCUAAAUCAGAUUCUUCUGACUGGUAUGUCACCAGAGACCUUGCGGUAGAGGGAGCAGUUGGGAAAAAAGCAGAUAACAUUAUUGCAAGAGAGUCAGAACAAAGCCACAUUCGUGAACAAGACCGGCAUGGGUAUCACAUUCUGCAAGGUUCAGUCGCAGAUGAAAGUUGUGGAGAAACAAAUGGUCAAAGAGCGGAAGUGGAAGAUGUCCAGAGGUUAGAAAGGAAGUAUGAUUUGAAGGACAACAGUAUAGAUGAGACUGAAAGUCACAGAAGCAGAAGAGUAGCCCAGCAAAGUCUGCACCAGCUAAAGGAGACAAGGAAACAACAAAAUGAGGUUCAGAUGGAGGGGAAAGUAGAAACUAGAGAGGAAGUCGUUCAGCCAGCAGUUUUAAGAAAAAGACAAGAGUUGAGGAAAACUGCCUGGAUGACAGAGAGAGAAGAUGUUGAAAAACAGACGCAGAAAACUGAGGAGCUGCUUAAGAGGGAAGUAGAGGUUAUGAGACAGUUUCAUCGCAGAAGAAUACUGGAGAAAGAAACAGAGAACCAGCAAGAGGUGGAAGAAGUAGUAGAAGGUGGAUUACGACCACAUGUUCACACUGAUGCAGACAGAGAGCUGCUGCAGGAAGGUUGUAUGCUGCUGCAUGGAAAGGAGACAGAGGAACUAAUUGACCAAGCACCCAUAAGUCGACGAGCCCAGCUUUUACGUGAAGCACUUGAACAAGAGGAAGCAUAUCGAGGCCAUCCUGACUUACAGGCCCUAUGGGAACGCUUCAUGUCAACUAGUACUGCAGGUAGCGAUUAUGAGUCCUCUUAUAAUUCCAUACAGCUUCAAGGUCUGGCAGAACUGUUACAAAAUCCAGCACAGCACUUGGUACACAGAUUCGUUCAGCAGCGCCAGUUGCUGCGUGAAGAAGACUACCGGCGAGCUGAAGCCCAGAGAGAGCGUUAUCAGAAGGAAAUGAAGAUACAACAGACUGAUAGGCAGCACGUUGAGGAAGAGAGUGCAGCAAUGAAACGGGAGCAUUUGCGACAGGAAGCGAGGAAACGGCAGCAGCGUCUGUCCAGUGAAGAAGAGAGUAAUGGUAGCUAUGGUGAGAUGCUUCAGGAGCGAGAACAAGAACGUCUCAAACGCAGGGAAGUCAGAACCUUGAAGAAAAAGCAGAGCAGUUUAGCCUCUCCCUCUCUACGCAAAACUGUUUCUGUGAAGACAGGUCAUUCACUUGCAGAUUUGUACCCUGGGUGUGCAGGGGAGACUACAGAAACACUUUACUCAAUUCCGGAAGAUACAACCCAUGACUCAUCUCCCUUAAGAAACAGAUCUCCCACCAGGUCUCGAAACAGUGGCAUCCAGCGUAAACUAGAUGUGAUUGAUCCCAAUAUGAGCAGACUGAGAGAACGAAUUAUAAAGCAACGAGAAAAGAUCGAGCAAGAGCAUAGACGGGAGGCACGCCGUGAUCAAAAACUGCAGAAAUUGAAUGCUUUGUUAGAAGCCAAACGCACAGGACUGAUGGAUGAUUCAACAGUUUCAGCCCACUUAGCAACAAUCUCUUCCACUUCAGCCGGAUCUUCCUUUGAUUCAGAAGUUCAAGACAGUCAUGCCAAACUUACAUCAUCAGAAGAAUCCACCACAGCUAAAGACAGCAGUGCUGAAAUGCAGCAGGCAAAGGUGACACAUGCCAGGCAUUUACCUAUAUCAUUCAAAAGACAACCUGUUGCUUCUAAGCCUGAGUAUGCAAAGGACCUUCUGGGUUUUGAGGGAUCAACAUUGCUGUGGGACAGCUCCAGCUCACAGACGGAUAUAGAUCCUAGCUGCUCAGAUGAGUUGCUUGGCGUAUUGAGGAGAGACAAGAAGCUGAGAUUUCUAUCAAAAUAUGGCAGUAAGCACAUGAAGCCUCAUCAGAUGUACUCGCCUUACCUGAGGCAGAAAGAACCUGAACUGACAGGUCACAUGGCUAUUGGAGCUAGAUGCUGUACAUCACAAGAGAGAAAAUGCUACUGCAAGACCAAAGAUGCUGGUACCAUGUAUCCUUCUCCUAGAAAUUCUGCUGCUAGCUAUCAGAUCAAACACCCUGGAGGCAGAUAUGUGUCGCAAGGUGCUCAGACCUCACCAGACAGAGUAAAAGGGGAAAGGCAGAAAUUUAAGUCACGAUCACCAUCACCGUCACAUGACCAGCAGCCUGUCAUCCAAGUACCCCUUACAACAGCAAAAAAUGGUGUUCAGGUCAUUGCAGGAAAUCAGCUAUUAUUUUCAGCCAGCAGAGAGCAAGCCACAUCUGCACAGCCAAGGGCUGGAAAGAGACCUUUUUCCUGGCAGGGGCGGAGCAUUAGUCCUGCUUUUGACAGCCGCGGUGUAGCUGCAUGCUUGUCAUCUGAGCGAGAAAGGCCUCAUAGCUCAUCACCACCUAGAACCAGAAAUAGAACUCACAGAAGUCCCUCGCUUGUGGAGCUGAGACUACAAUCAUGGACUGGUGGAGAUAACCCACAGACUCAUUACCAGAAAAUCCUCAGGACAAAGCAGCAAGCUCCAUCCCCUGCCAGAAGACCAGGGAGUACGUCACCUCAAAGAGAGAGACAAGGACAGAAGAUUGGCAGGUCAGAGGAAAUAGAAAGCUUUUCAAAGAAGGAUUUCAGUUCGGAGUUUAAGGAGAACCACUUACCUCCCAAGCACCAGCACAAAUUUUCCGGAUUAUCAGCCAUACCUGGUGGUCUGGCCUGGUUCAUCCCAGUGACAGAGAGCAGGCCAUGGCGAAUGCCUUUUAAAGAGCGGCAGGCUUAUGCAUUGCGUCAAGAGAAUUGGCCCCAAAACCUUUUGCAUGAGAAUAGGAACACCUUUGUUAAUGGAGAGUUCUUUGGGGAGAAUCUGGACUGCUAUGGUGGAAAUGCAGCUAAGUUUUAUUUGGAUAAAGCCUCAAAGAAGAUGGAAGAGGAGAUAGGACGGCAGUAUGACAUGUUUGAUCCAAAACCUCUGUGCCGCAUGUCACUUCAGGAGGCUCUUAUAUCUCGAAAACCAGAGUUUGUAUCAGCACUCCGCCAGCGCCAAAAACGCUUAUAUCUAGCUGCAGAGCAUCGCAGACUGCAAGCAUUAGUUCGUGCUGAACAGGAGAUGAUCUUUCUCAACCACCGAAAGACUGUAGCCAAUCCAGAAGCGCAUCCUUAUGGUGAAAAUCUUCAUCAGCCAAAGAAAAGAGUCUUCACCAAGCAAGAGAUGAGAGAACAGACAGAAAAAAAGUACCAGCAUCUACCAGAAGUGAAGGCAAAGGAGCUAGAAAGGAGGCGCAAUGAUGAGUACAAGCUGAACAGACUGCGGGCCAAAGUCUAUAAUAAGAGAAUCCAGAGGAAGGUUCUGGAUAAAAUGAGACUACGAACCUGUUCCUGAGAAUGUUGGGUAGAAAAGGAUUUUGUCAUCCAAUUACACAAGUUGCCUUAUGCUUCCUCCACUGUGCAUUAGGAACACUGCUGUGCCAUAAAGUGCAACUUAGUUGUCCAAAUAUCAAGUAAAACGGCAUCUCAUUGAGUAUUAAAAGAUACAAAUUAAUGCUUUUUUAAAAACAUUUGAAAGUAGUAGAGGACUCUGUCAAAAUCAUUUUUUCCUUUUUUUUAAGUGAGUGUCUCCAUACUCCUAACUGAUCGUUAAGAGCAAUUCAGACCUACCUUUGCCAAAAAAAAGUUUUCCUUAAUUAGAAUGGCAAGCUUAGUGCUAACGUGAGUUGAAUCCAAUGUAUUGCACUGGGGAGGUUCAUAUUUAUACUUUUCAUUUCUAUACCACUCUAGGGUGACAAAUCUAAGCCCUGUGCAAAAUUUUACUAUUUUGGAGAAUUCAGGGUUCUUGAAAGACUUACCAUUUAUAAAUGUAGACAGGAAGCUUAUGUCGUGAAUUCUUCAUUAAAUCCACUAUGUUCCUA